AUGAAGAUCACCACGGCCACCACAGCCCUAGCCGCAACUGCCGGCGUCCUGCUCGGCACGGAUGGCGCGGCGGCCGCAAACGCGCGCUUCUGCAGCUCGCAGUCGGACAUCUGCUACAGCGAGUUCAACGCGGAAGGCCUCAAGAACAUGAACGUCGUCUACCGCAUCGCCACGCCGCAGGCCGCCCAGGCCGCGCCCUACGACAUCACCUUCCAGAUCGUGGCCUCGCGCAACAUGGGCUGGGCGGCGCUGUCCUGGGGCGGCACCAUGGUCGGCCACCCCCUGACCGUCGCCUGGCCCAACGGCAACUCGGUGACGGUCACUUCGCGCAUGGCCAAGUGGGUUCUUGCUUUUCUCUCGCCGGCGAUUGGCCACACCUACCCCAACGUCUACAGCGGCGCCACCUACACGAUACUGCCCGACACGGGCGUCAACGGCACGCACUGGACGCUCAGUGCCAUCUGCCACGGCUGCAGCCAGUGGAGCACGGGCAGCAAGAAGUCCAUCUCGCCGUACAGCACGAGCGUCCAGCUGGCCUAUGCCAUGAACAGCAACCAAGGCGUCGUAACCACACCCUCCAACCCAGCCUCGCAGUUCACCUACCACGAUGUCUUCAACUACUUUAGGAUCGACUACAAUGCUGCCCGUGACCCUAAUGUCGAAGUGUCGAGCUGA